AUGGCCCAGAGAAAUCCUCCGUCCGCCCACCUUCUCGCCCAGAACGUCUCCUCCAUUUCAUCUCUGUCCUCCUCGCUCGUCGCCACCAGUACCGCCAUGGGAUCCAUUGACGCUAUCCGACCGGAGUCCUCCACCGUCGACUACGACGAUCUCAGUUCAAUCGUCUGCCACUAUGCCGAAUGGCACAAGGCAGAUGAGGAGAGGAUAUUAGAACCGUACACCUACAUCACAUCGCAGACCGGAAAGGAAAUCCGCACACAGAUGAUCAACGCCUUCAAUAUUUGGCUCGACGUCCGCGAGGACAAGCUGAAGACCAUCAGCCGCAUCGUCGGAAUGCUGCACAACGCAAGCCUACUCGUCGAUGACGUCGAGGACGAUUCGCAGCUACGUCGCGGAAUUCCCGUCGCCCACAAGAUCUAUGGUAUCCCGCAGGUUAUCAACACAGCCAACUAUGUGUACUUCCAAGCAUUCCAAGAGAUUUCGAAGCUGCAAGCUUCGUCCCCUAGAUUUGAUCUCCACGCCAUCGUCAUUGACGAGCUCUUGAACCUCCACCGAGGGCAGGGUCUUGAUCUCCUAUGGAGAGAUACACUCACCUGUCCCUCCGAGAAGGAGUAUAUCUCUAUGGUCAACAACAAGACUGGCGGACUUUUUCGAUUGUCUGUUAGGCUCAUGAUGGCGAAUGCUAGGCAGAACCUUGACAUCGACUACAUACCCCUUGUCAAUCUCCUUGGCAUAUGCUUCCAGAUUCGCGAUGACUACUGUAACUUACGCUCACGAGAGUAUGCCACGAACAAGGGAUACGCAGAAGACCUUACUGAGGGCAAAUUCUCUUUCCCUAUCGUGCACGGUGUGAACGCCAAUCGCAAAGACCAUUCGCUGCUGAACAUUCUACAGAAGCGGCCCUCCACGCCGACGCUCAAGAACCACGCAAUUUCUUACCUCGAGAACCGCACCUUAUCGUUCGAGUAUACCCGCAACGUUCUCUACAAAAUUGAAAAGCAGGUUCGCGACGAGCUCGCACGUCUCGGGGGAAACAAGGGUCUGGAGGCGAUUGUGAAUUUGCUAGCCAAGGCGGAUUGA